UUAAGUUUCAGACAUAAAUAUUUAAUAUUGAUUCGCAGAUUAGCUGAAUCUGACUGCCCUGUAUGGACUGUAUCAUCUGCAUUAUUGAGGGUAUACAACUCAUUUAAAUUGGUGUGAAGAUCUUUGGGAGAUUGUUGACAAUUUCAUAUCAUGUACGUUGGAAAGUGUGUUGCAAUCAGUAUUGUGAUGUCAUAUUAUGUGUGACAUAAAAUUUAAAAAAAUUAGUAAUGUGUUAGGAACAAAACGUAUUCAUCUCGAAUACAUACAAGUUACAAGAGAAAAGUGUUUCACCUCUCUCAUAUUGUAACCUUUAAAAUUCGAACAAAAUGUUAGAUAUUUCAGUUAAUGUUUUUGGUCUUGUAUCACAAAACUGUUUCAUUGAUUUAAGCUUUUGAAAUAUGAGGAUUAUGGCUGCAACUAACAAUUUUGUUAUUCUUUAUCGAUAAAUCCGUUCACUUUCUUUCACUCAUAAACCCACAAAAAAACAAAAACAGCAAAUUCUGACAUCUGAAGCCAUCAAAUAUUUGACUUUUUUGCUUGAAUAAAUGGUUUAAUUGAUGAUCUUUUUAGUUUGUUUCAGCUCUAGUAAAGAUUAUCUGUCUCGUUUUAAUUUAUAGUAAACUGAAUAUUUUGGAGUUUUGCACUGUUGGUUGGACAAAAACGUGCAACUUUGGGAUGUGAAUUUAUCACAAGACCAAUCGUUUCAUCGAGGAAAUAAUCAUAAGUUGCAGCCAUAAAAUUUGACUAGUUUCCAGACCCAGUAAAUCAUCACAGAGGAGACUAGUCUAUAAUUCUGUCCACACAAUUACUGCAACUGUUUCAAUAACAGCUGUGAAAAUACCAUUAUGAUAUCUCAUCAUAGUAGUAUUCUUUGAUAAGUACAACAACUCCCUACAAAGUCGUCUCAUGUAUUAGUGAUGAAUGAAAGCUGCCUAAUUGAAUGAUUUUAAGUCUGUAUCUGCUGUCCAGUCAGCAUGUAGAUUAUGACUCAUGUUCAACAGUUCCAGUCGUGUUGGUGGAGCCGUGCAGACCUUUGGAGCAGUUGGGAGGACAGGGCGAGCAAAACCGGGUGGCAUGGCAACAUCAGAGGACAGUGUGAGUUCCUGGAGCUGUAAGCAGGUGGCCCAGUGGCUGCAGGAAGAAGGUUUCGGGGAGUAUGUGAAGUUAUUGUGUGACCAGCACCGGUUAGACGGCCCCAGUCUGCUGGCUCUGACUGAGGCCGACCUGCGCGGGCCUCCAUUGGGCAUCUCUGUGCUUGGAGACAUCAAGAGGCUCAUCAUAGCCCUCUGUCGGCUCCAGAGACAGAACCAAACCCAGCUGGAGGACCUGGAUCUCUGGACUAAAGACUGUCCCCCUGCUGGACUCUCACUGGGGGCCACAGGGGGCGAGUGGAAGUGUGACGGAGCUGACCGGAGGUAUAAUGGAGGUGAUCGCUUAAGUAACGAGACUGAGCUGAGGUUGAGGAACUGUGACCGAUCUGGAUACAGUUCUCUGAAUCAUGCACACACCAACGAGAGGUAUAGGCAGCACCUGGCUGGUCGAUUGGACCCAGAGGUUUGGAAGACAAUUAUGAGCUCCAUUUAUGUCUUUUUCGUGUUUGGAUUCACUUCUUUUGUCAUGGUCAUCGUACAUGAGCGUGUCCCGGACAUGAGGACGUACCCACCACUGCCCGACAUAUUUCUGGACAGUGUUCCUAGAAUUCCUUGGGCUUUUGCAAUGGCCGAAGCCUGUGGCCUCAUCCUGUGUUACAUGUGUCUGCUGGUCCUGCUCCUCCACAAACACAGGUCCAUUAUCUUCAGACGGUUGUGUUCUUUGUUGGGAACAGUGUUUUUGCUCCGUUGCUGCACCAUGUUUGUCACCUCGCUCUCUGUUCCUGGGCAGCACCUGACGUGUGCCAGCAAGUCGUACGGUGAUUCCUGGGGAAAGAUCCAGAGGGCGCUACUGAUCUGGAGUGGAUGUGGGAUGACGCUGACGGGCGUCAAAACGUGCGGAGACUACAUGUUCAGUGGGCACACUGUUGUCAUCACGUUGCUCAACUUUUUUGUGACUGAAUACACUCCUCGAACCUGGAAUCUAAUUCACACCAUCUCCUGGGUGUUAAACCUAUUUGGGAUUUUCUUCAUCCUGGCGGCCCACGAGCACUACUCCAUCGACGUGUUCAUUGCGUUCUACAUCACCACUCGCCUCUUCCUCUACUACCACACAUUAGCCAACACCCGUGCCUACCAGCAGAGCCGGAGGGCGCGCAUUUGGUUCCCCAUGUUCUCCUUCUUUGAGUGCAAUGUGAAUGGACCUGUCCCCAACCAGUAUCACUGGCCCUUCAAGAAACCUGCCUUCAUGAAAACUCUCAUUGGAUAGCGUAAGCUGCAAUGUGCAUGACUCUAAUACUAACGCUGAAAAAGAAACUUUACUUGAGAUGCUGCUUCUUAUGGCUGGUUAUACGUUUUAUUUUGUGGGAGCUUCCCCUCAGUUCUGUAAAUGAAUGAUUUUUUAAAUUCCGAAAGUUGGAUGAGAAGAUCGAAACCAUUCUCAUCUGGUCUCAAUCUUCUCAUCUAUGAGUUAGAUGAGAAAGUGUAUUUCCAAAAAUGUUGAACUAUUCCUUUUUAUUAAAUUGCACAGUAAUCAACACAAGAUAUGGGGAUUCUUAUCGAUUUGUUUGGCUUUGAUUAAUCACUUUCAAUGUUCAUGUUCCACUUUGGGGUUGUUUAAGUUCCACUGGUUUGAGUUGUUAGUCUCCCUUAACAUCUGCAGGAGAAAACUAGUUUUUCUGCAAAGAGAUUGAACACUUGUGAGAUUCACUAUGAACAAAAGAGGCAGUUGUUUCUUUUGAUGUGCAACAGGAAAAACACUUCUGCUGCUAAAAGAGCUCUUAUUUAUCCACUUUCAUUUACACUGUAGAGAGUGAAUUCUACAACUUAGUUUUUUUAAAUAAUGUCACCACUGGGAUAGUGUCGCUUCCAACAUUUACAGUUAAACUCAACCAAAUAUCAAAACAUUUAUUGUAAUGUUUAAUAUUGUCAAUCAACCCUUAGUAUAAUUGUGUUUUUAUCCUAAUUUGUUGCUGUUAUGUUUUUUUCUUGUUUUUUUACGUAUUGUUAAUUAUGAUAUGAGUAAAGAAAUGAAGAGAGAUUUUGUUGAAGCUUUAUUUUUCAGAGUUUUCCUCUGUUGCACAGUACAAAGUAUAUUGUUUACUACGGUGUGGUUAAUCCAAACUAAAGCUUUUUAAUAAUUGUUUACAAUUCAUGGCUUUAUUUGUAAUACAAGUAAUCUAUCUCUGCCUUUUGGCUCAGCAAUAAAUGUUUACAGAUAAGUUUACAGAACUUUUUAUAUUUUAGGCUGUUUCCUUGGUUGCUUUAAAAAUAUAUAUAUAUUUUUGCAGUUGUUGAAUAAAAUCAAUUGUGAAUAUUAUUAGAAAAAUC